CCUGGGCAUUGUGGUGAUGCUGAGACUGGGAUGCACUCAUUGCAGCACUGGUCGUGGGCAGUGGGGUGGAUGAGGGGUCUGGGGGGCCCCCCAACCUCUGCCUGUGCUGCCCAUCCUCCUCCUCUCACCUCCCCAUCUCUGUGAGCUGCCAGUUCUGCCUUUGCGCAGUGUCGGGGUGUCCCUCUGACCUGGUGGGAGCCUCCAGUGCUCCCUGAUUUCUUCAUUCAUCACCAGAGGCAAGCGGCAAAAUAAAUAAUGAUAUUUAACAUUUUGUAAUAAAGACAAUUAACCAGUAAAUAAUGCCUUUUACACCACAGAAGCCAGAGUAAAUUAAUUCCCCUAAUUAGCUGUCAGGCAGCAUGGGACAGCAGUGGGCAAAACUGGCAGCCCCUGCCUGUGUUAUCCUCCACUCCAAGGCAUUCUCCCCAAGCCCCAGUCACACCCCAAAAUUUUAGACAUUUACAAAAUCCACCAUGCCACAUCCUGGCAGCUCUGGUGAGCCCUAAAUCACCCCUAUCUCCAGUUAAAAAAAAAUAACAACAAAAGAUGGCAACAAAAUGGUUUAUGGCUGUAAUAAAUUGUGCUGGAGGAAAAAAAGCCCUGUUUGCCUGGAAGCAAGGAGGGGUUUCCCAUUGGCACACAAAUGGAAGCCCUGUGUCCCACCACAGCUGGAGCCAGCAGUGACCAGAGGAAAGGGGGAUUUAUUUGGAGCAGUUUUCCUUCACAUCUAUGCCACCCGUUCAUUCUGAUCAGCUGAACUGCCCGCCCUGGUGGGACCAGGUGCUGGUGUUGGUGGGAGAAUGAGAAUGUUCCUGCCUGGCUGGCCCCAAGGGGUAGGAAAAACGAGGCCCCUGUGUCCCCACAAAGCUGGAAAUUGGCCAAGGCUCCACCACCCUCUCGGCUUGGCUGGACUCUGCCCCGUUCCUCCCCUUGGCUCACACCCCAGCGGCCACAGAGACAGAAGCAGGGACGAGGACAGACAUGUCUGCCCCAAGCCAGCCCCAGAAGUCCACCUACGAUGUCAUUGUCAUUGGGGCGGGCAUCCAGGGCUCUUUCACUGCCUACCAUCUGGCCCAGCGCCACAAGGACACUCUGCUGCUGGAGCAGUUCCUCCUGCCCCACUCUCGGGGCAGCUCGCACGGGCAGAGCCGCAUCAUCCGCAGCGCCUAUCCCCAGGAGUACUACUCCCGCAUGAUGCCCGACUGCUUCCGCCUCUGGCAGCAGCUGGAGGCAGAGACCGGCACCACCCUCUACAGGCAGACCGGACUGGUGCUGCUGGGGCCGCCGGGAGAGCCGGAGCUGGAGGCCUGCAGGAGGAGCCUGGGUGGUGGCGAGGUCCUCGACGCUGCGGCGCUGGCCCAGCGCUUCCCCGGCUUCCGGCUGCAAGCUGGCCAGGUGGCCGUGCUGGACAGCUCUGCCGGGGUGCUCUUCGCUGACCGGGCACUGCGGGCUGUGCAGGAGGAGUUUCGCCGGCACGGGGGCACCCUGCGGGAUGGGGAGAAGGUGCUGCGCAUCAAACCUGGGGCCACGGUCACUGUCACCACCACCUCUGGGGUGUACAAAGCCCCCCGGCUCAUCAUCACGGCUGGACCCUGGACCGGUGCCUUUGUGGAACAGCUGGGUCUCCGCCUGCCGCUGCAGCCCCUGCGCAUCGACGUCUGCUACUGGAGGGAGAAGCAGCCUGGGAGCGCCGGCCUGGGCACUGUCACUCCCUGCUUCUUGACCCUGGGGCUGAGCCAAGCCCCCCACGGCAUCUACGGCCUGCCUUCCAUUGAGUACCCAGGUCUGAUGAAGGUGUGUCACCACCAUGGCAGCCCCAUUGACCCAGAGAAGCGGGAUCAGGUCUCCUCGAGUGCCCCCCGCCCUGACAUCAACGUCCUGAGCAGCUUCAUCAGCAGCUAUUUGCCCGGGCUGGAGACCCAACCAGCGGUGAUGGAGACCUGCCUCUACACGAACACUCCAGAUGAAGAUUUCAUCCUGGACCGGCACCCCAAGUUCAGCAACAUCGUCAUUGGCGCAGGCUUCUCAGGCCAUGGGUUCAAGCUGGCACCAGUGGUGGGGAAAUUGCUGUGUGAGCUGAGCCUGGGCGAGGAGCCAUCCUACAACAUGACCCACUUUGCCAUCACUCGUUUCCCCGGUGUGCUUGGGGCUGCACAGUAGGUGUGGGCUUCCAGAUGUGCUCUCAUGGCAUCGCACAUCCUGUGUCCCUGCAUCCCAGUGUCCUCACACCCAGUACACCUCCAACCCAUGUAUCUCCAUCUCCCUGCACCCUGGGGACUCCCAACAUGCUGCACUCCUCCAACCCUGCACCCCUGAUACCCUGCAUCCCCAUGUCCCCAUAUUCCACCAUCCCAGCACCUUGGCAUCCUUGCUGCCCCACAUCCCUGCACCCUGGUACCCUGCCUCCCCACAUCCCAGUGCCCCAGCAUCCCCCGUGCCAUGCGGUGCCAAGCCAUCUCUACCAAGCACCCACUCCUGGGGAACAAAUUAAGAAGCUUUGUCACCCUCAUGAAGAUGGAGCUGGAGCAGCGCGCAGAGACACACUCGCUUAGGAGUCAAGUUAAAUGUUUUAAUGUUAAAUGUGCCAUUUUAUUAUCAUUAGAUCGCUCCCACUUAAUGAAAGCGCAUUAGCGCAGCGUGGCUUUAUGGCAGCGAGCACCGAGCUUGGCCUGUGUGCUUCCAAGAGAUGGUGGGGAAAGGGAAACAACCUGCCAAGGAGCGAGGGGGGUCCCCAAGGUGCAGGGUGUCACUGGGGCAGGGCACAGCACGUGGCACAGGGACAGCACAUGGCCGGGACCGAGGCUGAGGCGCGCAGGCAGCCAGCAACGCGCACCAUCAUCUCCUCCGCGUUAAUUAUUUAACGCCAGCAGGCAGAGCCUCUGUCCCGCUGCUCAUCUGCAUAUUUAUGAAGAUUGAUAAAUGAUUCAGUGCUGGCACCCACGAGGGGUUCCCCCUCCCCUCCCCAGCACCCAUGGGUGCAGCAGGUUCAGGGAAGAGGCCAGGCUCGGCCUUUCCAUGAAGCCCUGUAUCCUUGCUGGGGCUGGAUGCAUUCCAUCAGACCCUUGCACCAUGCAAACACCCUCCAAAAACAGAGAGACCCCCCCAGGCACAUGAAGCAGGCAGCAGCCAGUAUCACCAGCCAGAAAUGACGUUUAUUUUCAUACUGAAAGUAAAGGGGGUGGGGGAAGAUGCACAGCUGGGCUAGUGCAAAACAGCCAGGCAGAGGUGGGGGGCUGGGGGGGUGACAAAAAUCCAGGUGGGCACGUGGGACCCUGUCCCCAUAUCCCCUUCCCGGCUGCCGGGUGGCUGCUCCCCAGGGCCCGGCCAGCGAGAGACGUCUUUGGCUCAACUAAAAGGGGUG